GUGCUGUUUGGCCCUCCGACUUUGUCAGAUACUGUAUAUAGCAGCCAGACACUGCACAACCGAACCUCCCAUCUGCAAGCGGCAGCCCGCCACUCGCGGUGCUAGCUUCGUUAGCUAAGUCGCUACUUAACCCCUUGCUGAUAGUCAGGAUAUCUAUUGUCUCCCGACGGGGGAUCCACAGUGUGGCGUGUGAGUGUGUUGGGAGCUGGAGAACCACGAAAAUGGCCAAUAGUGACCCAGUAUUCCGCAACUAGCAGCUUGCUACGCGAAUCUAGCACAUACAAUGCACCCGUCGGUGCUCACGGCAACGGCGGGCAGCGGUGCGCCGCUUGCGCUCGGCCCCUCAGCUCCUCCGCUGCCGGGCUUGCGGGCUCGGCUGCCCGCACCCGGAGGCGGGCUCCUGGCCGUGGGCGGCUGGCGCCUGCACCAGGCAGUCGGAUGUCAAACGACACAAAGCAGCGGCAGUCGCCUAGUGGCCCCUCAGCCGCGGGGUGACGUUGCUGCCGCUGCCGCGGCGGCCUGGGGGCCGGCGGCACUGGUGGGCUGCGGCCCUCCACACAGCUUUGCCGGCCAGUUGCCGCUGUCGACACCCCUGCCGCUCAGUGGCAGCGGCAGCGGCAGCGAGUGGGUGCCAUCUUUCGACAACAUGAGGCCUGCUGCGGCGCUGCCGCUGCACCGAAGUGUACGGCGCACUGUCGUGGCGUUGUGCGCCACAACCGCGGCGUCCAGCUCUAAUGCGGCCAGUGCACCCCUGCGGCGGCGGUCAGCCAAGGAGUCAGUCGCCGGCGAUUACGCAGACCCGAGGCAGCCACGCGCAGCAGAGGCAGCCCCAUCGACAGCCGUGCCGGAGCCGGCUGGAGGCCCCGCGGCGGUUGCAGCCAAGCCGGACAGGCCAAGGGCGCCGCGCCGUGGCAGCAGCGCUAACGGCGCCGUUGUGUCGGGCGCCGGCCGGGGCGCGGCAGGUGGUGCUGAGCAGCCGGCCCGGGCAGCGCCAGGCCCCCAGCCCCAGCAGGGGGCUGACUUAGGGCCGCGGAAGCUCGCGCCGCAGUGGAGGCCAAGGGCAGGCGGGGCAGGUGGGGCAGCUGGUGGCAGGGGCGCCGGCCCGCAACGGGACAGGCCCGAGGGCGCAAACCCCGCCGCUGCCGCUGCCGCUGGACGCGGUGCGGCGGCAGCGGCGGCGGCCGCACCGCGUCCGCCACAGCCGCGGGCGCCCCCCGCAGCGCCCGCAGCCCCCGCGGCCCCCGCUGUGCCGGCGAGGCCCAGGCUGCAGGCUCAAGUCAGCACCAACCCCUGGAAGACGACCAUCCGGGACCGCAUGGACUUUGAGAACGAGUGUCCCGACAUCGGCCGUAUGGAGCAGCUGGUGGCGCGCUCCGCCCACACCUGGCACCCUGUGGUCAUAUGCGCGGGGCUGAACCGGGUGGUGCAGCUGUACGACGCACAACAGCGGUACCAGCAGCGCCGCAACAGCAGCUUCUCCGCCGGCAGGAGCAACGCCGGCAGCGGCAGCGGUGACAGCAGCAGCGGCAGCAGUGGCGGCUCUGGUCAGCUGUCACCGAGGGGGCCCACGGUCCAGCGGCCGCGUGAGCGCAGAGUGGCGUCAGAUCCCUUCCACCGGGUUGUGGACAUCCUGCAUGCCGCGGCGAAGCCGCACAUCGCCAACAUGCUCACCUCGCGCUACGCCGUCAACACGCUGUGGGUGUCCGCCAAGAUCGGGUACUGGGGCACGGACGGCGGUGCCGUGAUCAAAAUGAUGCUGGAGCGCCUGAAGGCACAGGACUACCUACUGCUGCGGUCGGCGGCAGCGCAGGGCCACAGUAAUCUGUGGUGGGCGCUGUCGCAGCUCGAGCAAAUGCGGGAGGCGGCGGCACUUGCUGCCGGCUGCGCGGCUGAGGACCCGGAGGGCGCAGCCACCGCCAUCGCGCCUGCGCUGGCGGGACCCGCUGGCGGCGCUCAGGACCUGCUGAGCGUGUCGGCCGACGUCAUCAAGCGCACAGCAGUGCUGGACCCUGCAGCCUGGAAGCCGCAGGAGCUGGCCAACAUGAUCCUGGCGCACGCCCGCCUGUCCCCCCACGUGCACGACCCCGAGCUGGUGGCGCACCUGGUGUCUCACUUUGUGGCGCACCCCGGCCCCUUCAAGCCGCAGGCCAUCUCCAAUGUGCUGUACGCGCUGGGUGAGCUGUUCGGCUUCCGCACCGGCGGCGUGGCCAGCGCGCAGCCCGGCGCCAUGACCGGCUCCUACGACGAGGAGGGCGCGGACGGCGGGCUGCCGCUGCCGCCGCCCGACCUGCUGGAGCAGCAACAGACGCUGCAGCUGCACCAGCAGCGCCAACCGACCAAGCCGGCCCAGACGGCGGUGGAGUCGGUCGAGGGGGCGUGGUCGAGGGCGGGGCGGGUGGAUUACGCCGACAUCCCGUGGACUGCUUCAUCCGCCUCACAGGGGCAGUCGGCGGGCCCUGGGCGGCCUGUGCGGCUGUGGAAGCUGUCGCCGCAUCCCGACUACCCACAGCUGCAUGCGCACUGCCGGGCGCUGGCGGCGCUGGCGCUGAGGCAGGGGCUGGGGGCCUUCAAUCCGCAGGAGCUGUCAAAUCUGGUGUACGCCUGCUCCAAGCUUGGUGUGUGGCUGCCGCCCAAGAGGCCCAGCCGCCUCGCCAAGUUCGCCGCCGCAGAGGCGGAUGCGGCCGCGGAGGCAGAAGCCAAGCCCACGCCGCCACCGCCGCCGCCGCCGAGCCUAAGGACGCGGUCGGGGCCGCCAGACGCCAGUGCAGGCGCCGGGGCCCGAACAGCGUUUGGCGGCGCACUGGCAGACCGGCAAGCCGACAUUGCGGCAGCGAUGGCCAGGGCGCGUUGCAAGUCCGUGCAGCACUUUGACACACAGCUGGGUGCGCGGUUUGAGAUUGAAAUGGAGCCGGGGGACCAGCAACAGCUGCAGCAGCAGCAGGCGGAGGCUGGGCCGGACGGGUCUUCGGCGGCGGCGGCGGCGGCUCAGUGGCAGCUGCCUGCGGACCCGGCCUUCGCCAUGCGGGACUUCGUGGUGCUGCUGGGAGAGGAGAUCCGCGAACGGCUGCUGGUGGCGCCGCACACGUACGUGUCUCAGGCGCUGUCCAACUCGCUGUACGCGCUGGUGGCGGUGGGCUACCGCAGCCAGGGCCUCAUGGACGCGGCGGUGGCGGCGCUGCUGCGGGGCUGCGGCAUGGAGUCAGCCAAGGCUCAGGAGUGGACGCUGCUGCUGUGGGCCAUCGCGAGUGUGCGGUAUCAGCCGCCGCCGUCCGUGGCCUCAUUCCUGCUGGAGCACGCCACAACCCGGCUGUGGGUCGGGUCGGAUUACAUGUGUGUGCCCACCGUGAUCUGGGCCGCGACCGUGACCGACAUGUACCACCCGCAGCUGGUGGACUGGGUGACGCGCUGUGUGAAGCACUCGGGCCCGGCGCGCCUGCUGCCCUUCGGCCUGACCAACCUGCUGUGGGCCAUGUCGGCGCUGCCGCCGGGCGCAGUGGCGCGGCACGCCGAGCUGGUGGAUAUGCUGCUGGGCGAGGUGGAGGCGCUGGGCGGAGCGGCCAUCGGCACACGGGGCCGGGUGCAGCUGUGGCAGACGCUGGUGGAGAUUGAGGCGGCCCGCGCGCACGAGGCGGCGGCGUCCCGUGGCGUGCGCUCCAAGGCGGACAUACUGUCGCGCCCGACACGCGGCCCGCGCGAGAUGGGGCCCGCCGGCGCCGCCGCUGCGGUUGGCGCCGCCGCCUCGGGCAGCGACGUGCGCGGCGAUGGCGGCGGCGGCGGCUUGCGUGUGCGGCGCCUGCCUGCGGACUUGACGGCCUGGUGCAAGCGCGAGAUGGUUUCCCUCACGUCGCUCAUUCCUCAGGGCACCACCACCACCCUGCAGCUGGACGUGGCCGGCUGUGCGCUGUUCCUCAUGCUCCGAGGCAAGGCCGAGCUGUCCUCGCUGAUCACGCAGCAGCUGGAGACUCAGCGCCUGCUCGGCAUUCACCAGCGCCAGCUCAAGCGCAUGGCGUCAUCGCAGCCGGAGCCGGCCAAGCCGGUGCGGCGGAAGGCGCCGCGCAGCCUCAAAGCGUCGGCAGGCGCGGAGAGCGAGGGCGAAGGCGAGGUGGCAGCGGGCGAGGAUGAGGUGGAGGUGGAGGCGGGCGGCGUGGAGGUGGCGGAGGUGUCGGCCGGCCCAGCGCUGACACGGGUGGUGCGUGUGGAGCAGGAGUGGCUCGUGGAGGCUCUGGGACUGCGAGUGGACAUCUACGUGUGGCUCAGCGACGGCCGUGAGGUGGCCAUCGAGGUGGACGGCCCCAUGCACUACACCUCCAACCGCCUCAUCGUCAAGCUGCCGCGCGCGCGCCUGCGGGACCGGCAGCUGGAGCGAGUGCUGGGCCGCGGCAACCUGGUGUGCGUGCCGUACUGGGAGUGGGACGCGUUGGGCACUGACCAGACCACCAAGUGCGCCUACCUGGCUCGCAAGCUGGGGCUGGUGGCGCACGCGCACGCGCGCGGGGAGUGAGGAGGGGAGAGUGCAAGGCAAGUGGUGGAGGAUGGAGGGGGAGUCGGUGGUUGUUGAUUGGGCGUGCGUGUGGCGGCGCCUCGGGGGGGCGUGGGUGCCUGGAAUGUGGGGUGUGGACGUGCCGGCAUCUGUGGGGCUGCCGCUAGUAGUGGCCUCUCCAACGUUAUUCGCAUUGUUAGUCUUAAAAGCAUUCUCGAUGGCGGUGGUGGUGCGUGUUUCGUCCAUACAUCGGUGCUGGGUGCAAUGGGACACGGUAAGGUGCAGGUUGGCGUAGUCCCGUGGGUUGCAGCGUGUUCCCAGAACCCAACAUUCAAUGUGUUUGCGACGUCGAGGCACGAGCGCGCUGGUUUGGGUGGGUAGCAAGGGCCGUGGGCCCACCGAAGUGGCGAGCGCCGGUGCCUGGUGGUGGUGGGGCCGGAACACCCAGUGUGUGUGCGAUGGGACAGUGGUAAGGCAGGUUGGUGAAGUCCCGUAGGGUGCAGCUGAUUCCCAGAACCCAGCAGAUGGCAAACAGUUUGCAACGGUAGGGCAGGAGUGCGCGGCCGGUCGAAGGCCGGAGUUACUGUACCGACAAGUUGCUGGCUGGCUGGAAGUUUGUCGACGCGCAUUCCACCCAGUGUGUGUGCGAUGGCGGGCGACAGACUGUGUCACUGGCACAGGGUGUCGAUGUCCAGGAUGUGCGACUACGGUGCCGGCCUACCUUGCGGCCGACUGACAUCGACCGGCGCGUCGCUGUACAGGGGUCGGUGACCUGUGCAUAGUUCCGUACUCUACGA